AUGUCUACACUCUUAGGAUUCACCGACCCGUUCGCAGACCUGCUCGACAUGCAGAGGCAGAUGGACCGCCUCAUGAGCGCCUUCACCGCCACCACGACCGCCGCGCCCGUGGCGACUAUCACCGGCGCGCCCCAGCUGACCACCGCCACCAGGGCGAGGGCGAGGUGGUCGCCGAACCUCGACGUGUGGGAGACCGAACAGUCGAUCGUGAUCCACGCCGAGCUGCCCGGCUGCAACCUCGACGACAUCAAGCUGAGCGUGACCGGCGACAACCGGCUCGUGCUCGAGGGACACAAGCGCACCCGGCCCGCCGCCGAGAAGAUGGAGGAGAUGGAGGAGAAGAAGGAGAAGAAGAAGAUGGAGGAGGAGAGGUGGGUCCGUCGCGAGCGGUUCGAGGGCGACUUCUACCGCACGCUGCUGCUCCCGGCGGGCGUCGAGGCCCGCCAGAUCCGGGCCGACUACGCGAACGGCGUGCUCGAGGUGGUCAUCCCGAAGCCGACCCGGGAGCGCGGCGCCAAGCGGCAGACCAUCGACAUCAAGGAGGGCGGAGGCCUCGUGGCCAAGCCGCAGCCGCAGCCGCAGGCGCUGCAGGUCGAGCAGCAGCCCAAGGUCGAGAAGAAGAGGGCCGAAGAGGAGAAGCAGGAGGAGGAGCGCGUAGAGGCCCAGCCGCCGCCGCAGCAGUUCGAGAAGAAGGAAGAGGAGAAGAUGGAGGCGAAGGAGGAGGAGAAGAAAGAGGAGAAGAUGGAGCAGCCGCAGCUCGAGAAGAAGGAGGAAGUGGAGCAGCCCCCGUUCGAGAAGAAGGAAGAGGAGAAGAAGAUGGAGGCGAAGGAGGAAGAGAAGAAGGAGGAGAAGAUGGAGCAGCCGCCGCUGGUCGAGAAGGAGGAGGUGAAGGAGGCGGAGCGCGUAGAGCCUCAGCUGCCGCCGCUUGAGAAGAAGGAGGAAGAGGCGAAGCCUACCGAGGAGGGCAAGCAGGAGACCAUCGAGAUCAAGACACCGGAGGAGACCACAACCGCCGAGCAGCCGCAGGUCGAAAAGAAGGAGGAGCGCGUCGAGGUUCAGCCGCCGCAGCUCGAGAAGGAGGAGGAAGAGGCGAGGCCUGCUGAGGAGGGCAAGCAGGAGACCAUCGAGAUCAAGACCCCCGAGGAGGCCACGACCGCCGAGCAGCCGCAGGUCGAGAAGACGAAGGAGGAGGAGGAGAAGGAGCGCGUAGAGGCUCAGCCGCCGCAACAACCGCAGAUGGAGCAGCCGCAGGUGGAGGCGAAGGAGGAGGAGCGCGUGGAGGCUCAGCAGCCGCCGCAGCUCCAGGCCGAGAAGGAGGUGCCGAUCGAGCCGACCAAGGAGGAGGAGAAGGAGCGCGUCGAGGUUCAGCCGCCGCAGCUCGAGAAGAAGGAGGAGCAAGAGGCGAAGCCUGCAGGGGAGACCAUCGAGAGCAAGGCCACCCUCCUCGAGGAGCAGCAGCAGCAGGAGAAGCCCCAGGAGGAGGGCUACGCGCCCACGACACAGGGCGAGCGCAGCAUCUUCAUCGGCGAAGGCGAGGCCCAUUGA